UCACAGUGCUGACGAUUAUGGGCGACUGUGGAGUGUGGACCGUCUCUUACAACAUCGAAUAAACUAUUUACCGUCCUUGAUGGCUGAAUAGUAGCGGAGAGGCCGUAACCUGCUGUAAUGAAAGGGACCACAUUCAGAGCGCGGCGUCCUGCGUUUCCAAACAUGGCGGAUCUUAACAUGACGAAAGUGAUGUCGCUGUCACUUGGACGAGUAGGUCUUGUUACUAGUUACAGGCGGAGGGACGGGAAUGUAAGUUCAGGAUUUCCGAUCACAUCGAAUGGUUACCCCGUCGACAGAGGAUCUGCUAUUACUAAAGCCUUCGCUGCAAACGGCGCCAAAGUAUACAUCACUGGACGAAGGCUGGACGUCCUAGAGAAAGCUGCCGCAUCUGUGAUGGGCGUCUCAGGAUCUAUUAUCUGGUCGGCGACUAUCCUUUCUUCAGGAUAUUCAUUGCUAACACGUACCAGACUGGAGAUAGACCAGACAACGAAAGACGGUCAAGGCCGGCACAAUACAUGUCAAAGGAACCGACGACCAGCUCGAUAUCGUCGUGAAUAAGUUUGUCUGCACUAUCCUUGCUUCCCCUCCUCCGUGUUGAGGUUCGAGAACGGGUAGACGGUAAAGAAAGGAAAGGUGUGGGUACGGAGUCGGUUGGCUCGUACAGCCAUCAGCAACUCCAAUACUUCGCACCCUGAUCGAUUUGUAGUGUCCGGUUCGGCACCUCCCUU